AUUAGAGGUAUAGGAGAGUCACAGGGGGCUCGCUCUCCGUAUUGUACAAGAGACCAGGAGAAGGAAAAUACAAUAUUUCCCAAAGAGGGAUUACCGAAAAACGUGCAUGUUGACGAUACAACCAGCGUUUAUUGCCUGAUUCUUCUGGAGUUGUAGGAGACCCAGGAACCCCCCAAACCAUGGCAGAAGGGGGCUGUGCAAAGACGGAAGAGGAGGAAGCCACUGGCUCCGAGGAGGAUCUGGGUUCGUCUCGUGGCAGUGGCUUGUGUAAAUGGUUCAACGUCCGGAUGGGUUUCGGGUUCCUGUCCAUGACCAACAGAGAUGGGACACCGCUCGAGGAGACUGUCGAUGUAUUCGUUCAUCAGAGCAAGCUAUACAUGGAGGGCUUCCGUAGCCUGAAGGAGGGCGAGGAGGUGGAGUUUACCUUCAAGAAGUCGUCUAAAGGCCUAGAGUCUGUCACUGUGACGGGGCCAGGGGGAGCACAGUGUUUGGGCAGUGAGAAGAGACCUAAGGGGCAACAGAAACGACGCUCCAAGGGGGACAGAUGCUACAACUGUGGAGGACCUGACCACCAUGCCAAACAAUGCCAGCUACCUCCUCAGCCCAAGAAGUGCCAUUUCUGCCUGAGCAUCAGUCACAUGGUGGCCAACUGUCCAAUCAAAGCACAGCAGUCCUCCUCUGGCGCUCAGGGAACAGCAUCAUCACUGAGGGAAGAGGAGCAGAGCCACGGCCCCUUUCCCCCCAGGGAGAACUCUGAUUGAUCGAUUCAGGGAUUCAGCCAAUCAAAAGGUUUCAUUGGAAUGCUGCUUUUGGAACUACAUCAGGUUGUCUUUAUUUAUCGCAC